AUGGCUUCAACUCCCACAUACUUCCUCCUUACUUGUACCCUUUGUUUAGUGGCCAUUGCGCAAGCGAUGGUUCAAAACUGCUACGGUGUUGACGAGUUUCCCAGACACGGUGAUGUAGCUCAGGAGACGCAGUACGCUGGUGCCGAAGAUUGUCUCGAAUAUCUGGGUGUAAUGGCACCUGGCAUAAAUCAAGUUACAUGGACGCAUGAAGCAAAGGGCACGCUCUAUCACUAUGUGAUCUCCUGGGUUGAAGAUUGUGAGGGAGAGCCACAAGAUGUGGUUGAGCCCUUUGAGGGGACGAUGUGUGUGGAUCUCCUCCAAAACAACUGGAAAGAUUGCAUCAACGGAGGGGCCGGCGGUUGGGUCGAUGUUGGGUGUGUCCGGUACGAGUUCAAACCAGCUGAAUGA